CAUUCGCCUCAAAGCAGCGCUCUUUGAGAGAGCGAGAGCGAAAGAGGCAGAGCUCCAAAUAGUGGGAGGCAGAGCAACAAGCAGCGGAAGAGCGAGAGAGAAGAGUCCAGCAGGCUUCCAGGAUGGGUUCUGGUGAUGCGGAGAACGGCAAGAAGAUCUUCGUGCAGAAGUGCGCCCAGUGUCACACCUACGAAGUGGGCGGCAAGCACAAGGUGGGCCCAAAUCUGGGCGGAAUCGUUGGUCGCAAGAGCGGCACUGCAGCUGGGUACAAGUACACCGAGGCCAACAUGAAGAGAGCUGUCACCUGGACGGAGGGUAAUCUGGACGAGUACCUCAAGGACCCGAAAAAGUACAUCCCAGGCACAAAGAUGGUUUUCGCUGGUCUCAAAAAGGCUGAAGAACGAGCCGAUUUGAUCGCCUUCCUCAAGACAAAUAAGUAGAUGAAAAAUUCCUGUGAAACAACAAGAUCGGCAACUACAACAUCGGGAAGACGGCACCAAAGAAAUUCAACCUAACAUUUUCAACAUAUAUUGUUGUUUGCAGCUUAUCACAUUUAUCUUUAAUUGGCAGAAACCCAUGCCCAAUGAUAAUUUGAAAAGGUUGACUUAUACUUUUUUCAAUUAAAGUUGAGGAAACUAACAAA